CAAGAAGCUGUGACAUCAUUCCGACAUAGACCAAAAAUGCUGUAUAUACCACUUAAUGUUUAGAGCCCAGUGUGAACAUAUGUCAUUCUGUAGAUAGAUAAUUUUAUCUGUAGUGCAAUAACUUAAAACUGCCCAAAACACAGUGUUUUUAGCACACCCAUGUAUCAACAAAUGGUUGAGUCCCAGGAUGGCCGCCUCUGUGGGUGUAAAUAAACAGACGAGCGCCGUAUCGAUGGAGCCGUGUGUUAGACAUGGCCGGGCUACCGGCAGUAAUGCGGUAAAGGUGUUGGAGUGCGGCGUAUGUGAAGAUGUGUUUUCACUACAAGGUGAUAAAGUACCGCGGCUACUGCUGUGCGGACACACCGUGUGUCAUGACUGUUUGACCCGACUGCCUCUUCAUGGCCGGGCGGUGCGUUGCCCGUUUGACAGACAGGUCACUGAGCUGGGUGAUUCGGGCGUUUGGGGCUUAAAGAAGAACUUUGCUCUGCUGGAGUUGCUUGAACGGCUACAGAACGGUGCCACUAAUCAGUCGGGCAUGUCGGAGGACGCCCUUCGAGACAUGGGAGAGUGCAUAAUCCGCUGUGAUGAAGAUGAAAGUCAUACCGCCUCCAUGUACUGCACUGUGUGUGCCACGCACCUGUGUGCCGAGUGCUCUCAGCUCACCCACUCCACCCGUACGCUGGCCAAACACCGUCGUGUACCCCUGGCAGACAAGCCUCAUGAGAAAAUGCUCUGCCCACAGCACCAGGUGCAUGCCAUUGAGUUUGUCUGCCUGGAGGAUGGAUGCCAGCCAGGGCCGCUCAUGUGCUGUGUGUGCAAGGAGUAUGGAAAACAUCAAGGGCAUAAGCAUGCCGUUCUAGAGGCCGAAGCCAACCAGAUCCGAGCCUCCAUCCUAGACAUGGCACACUGCAUCCGUACGUUCACAGAGGAAGUCUCCGACUACUCCAGGAAGCUGGUGGGCAUCGUGCAGCAUAUUGAAGGAGGAGAGCAGAUCGUAGAAGACAGCAUGGGCAUGUCCCACACUGAACAUGUGCCAGGAACAGCAGAAAGUGCCCGAUCCUGUGUCCGUGCUUACUUUGCCGAUCUGCACGAGACUCUGUGCCGCCAGGAGGAAAUGGCUCUAAGUGUUGUGGACGCUCAUGUUCGUGAGAGGCUAAUCUGGCUUCGACAACAGCAGGAGGACAUGACCAUCUUACUGUCGCAGGUGUCUACAGCCUGUCUGCACUGCGAGAGGACACUGCAACAGGAUGAUUGCAGGGUGGUUUUGGCAAAGCAGGAGAUCAACAGGCUACUAGAGACACUACAGAAACAACAGCAGCAGUUUACAGAACUAGCCGAUCACAUUCAACUGGAUGCAGGCAUCCCUGUUACUUUCACAAAGGAUAACCGUGUACACAUCGGCCCAAAGAUGGAGAUCCGGGUUGUCACUCUGGGCUUAGAUGGGGCUGGCAAAACAACUAUUCUCUUUAAACUGAAGCAAGAUGAGUUUAUGCAGCCCAUACCAACCAUAGGUUUCAAUGUAGAAACCGUUGAAUACAAGAAUCUGAAGUUCACCAUUUGGGAUGUGGGUGGCAAGCAUAAACUCCGGCCACUGUGGAAACACUACUAUCUCAACACACAAGCGGUGGUGUUUGUGAUUGACAGCUGUCAUAGAGAUCGGCUGAUGGAGUCACACAGCGAGCUGGCCAAGCUGCUAACAGAGAAAGAGCUCAGGGAUGCUCUGCUGCUUAUCUUUGCCAACAAACAGGACGUCCCCGGUGCCGUGUCCGUAGAGGAGAUGACUGAACUCCUGAGCUUACACAAACUGUGCUGCGGCCGCAGCUGGCACAUCCAGGGCUGCGACGCCCGCAGCGGCAUGGGUCUGCACGAGGGGCUGGACUGGCUCUCGCGCCAGCUGGUGGCCGCUGGGGUUUUGGAUGUGGCCUGAGGGGACGCUCAAACACGAGUCCGAGACUGUCCGUGUCAUUUGCACAUCGCUCGCGUUAACCUUCAUUAUCACGCUGUAUCAUCAUUCACUAGUAGACUUACUGCAGUGUGCGCUUGUAGCUCAAUGGUGCUCAUUUAAGCAUUUCAAAGAAAUAUUCUGGGUUAAAUGUGAGUAAAUCUGUCUCACAGAAAAUAGUUUUGCUCUUUUUGGGAUGAGUCGGAUUAUUUUCUGUAGUAAUGGACAGUUUGGCACCAUAGCUUUCGAUAGAUCAGCAAACUUGAGUAAACUUAUUGUCAAUAUAGAAGUUUAAUAUUUGGUCCACGCUAUUAUUAUUUUCAGGGUCAGUUCAUUUAUUUUGUUUGAUAGUUAGUUACUAAUAAGGUAUAUUUCUUAGAGGUGUUUCGAACUUAAAAAGGUAAAUGCCCGGAAAAUGAAAUGCCUAAAGGGAUAGCUCACCCAAUAAUGUAAAUCUUGUCUUUAUUUACUCGCCCUCAUGUUGUCCUACAUCUGUAUGAGUUUCUUUAUUCUGUCGAACACAAAAGAUCUUUUAAUAAGUUAUGAUAAGCACAUAGUUGAUGGUACCCAUGAUGUUUGUUUUCCUACUAGAAGUCAGUGGGUAUCAAUAACUAUUGUGUGUUUACCGUAAUUUAUUCAAAUAUCGUCUUUUGUGUUUAACACAACUCACACUGGUUUGGAGCAACAGAGAUAAAGUAAAUAAUGACCGAAUUUUCAUUUUUGAGUGAACUAUCCCUUGUCAUAAAAUCUUAAUAGUCCCCCCUUCUAUCCAUUUUUUAUUUUUAUAGUGAAUAGUUUUGACUGUAAAUAUUUAUUUAAAUGUAUCUAGUGGUCCUAAGACUAAUGCAUGGGCGCAGGUGUAUUUUCACCAUGUUUGGAGAGAUGGAUGUUGGUUACUGAUAAUUUAUAUAUUUUUUAGGAGGAUUGUAGUUCUCAUUUUGUCUCAUCUUCAGCUGUGACGUACAUAAACACAAACUCAUCCAUCCUAUCUGCACACUGCUUAUUAAUAUACGGCUGAGGACAUCAUACGUCCUCUCGAAACAAGUAUUUCUUGGCCUGUUGUUACAAAUGCUGUUGUUAUUGUAUACAUUUAAGGUUGGCUGUAUGUAAAUGCUCUAUUAUAAAUAUCAGCAUUUGUUUUUCAAACCCAUCCUUUAAAAAUAAGAUGAUUUGCUGGUCUUUCGGUUGGUUUGAUCGUUUUCAUCAGCGUUUCACUAUACGAGAUCAUCCUAAACCAGUAAAGACCAGCAUGCUUUCUUUCAGCAUUGCUCCUCAUUGCUAUGUAAUGUUGACUAACUGUACUUAAGUGAAGCUUUUCCUCUUCUCUCUCUCUCUCGAUGGAGGUCAUGAAAGACCCUUCAGUGUUCUUAAUGUGAGUUUUGGAAACCUUUCGAGAAGCACACCCACACAUUUGUUAUUGAUUUGAUGAUGGCUUUUUGUAUAACCAUUAAUAAUGUUACGCUAUUAAAACACAACAGAAAA